CAACAUUUAACAGAGGAGUCUGUUGUAUUUAGCAACAGCCCUGCUGAAAGUGGCAUUCACAAGCGCAGAGCCACAUCACUACACCUUCUGCCAUAUUUCAGUUCAAUGACUAUGCCAAAUGGAGUCUGCACUCUUUCUCAUCAUGCAGGCAGUACUGAAUGAUAAUUUGAACAAAUCUUUAUAAUUAAUGGGCUCUAAUGAUUCAGUUAUAUUUAAAACUGCUUCACAAAUGCCGUCACAGCAGUUUCAUGUAGCCGUGCUACGAUGACUAUACUAUACUAUACUAUACUAAUGGAAACAAUCCCAAACCCAGUGGAGUCGAGCCAUACCGUUCAAAUAGAUUACAUUUAGUCAUUUGGUAGUUGCCAUGUUCCAAAGGGACUAUUUAGAUAGUUGAGGAGAUGUGUCAAGAUAAUAGUCAAUUGUAAGCAAAAACAUAUAUGAAAUACAGUAAUUAACUAUCCCACCUCAGCCUGUCCACCCAGCUGCAGUUUAAAAAAUUUACAAACACACUGAUCUGAUUUAAAACUUAAAAUACGAACAGUUGCACUUGGAAGAUAAAUGACAAAAGAAGGAUGUAUAAUUGACACAUGACGUUGCUGAGGACCUGCCCCUACUGCUAGUUAUUCUGCCAUGAUAGGUGAUGUGCAAGAAUAAACAUUGUCAUGAGUCAUCAAUAAAUUGGGUGAUGCAGUGAAAGGACUGAACUCAGAAAAGGGGUAAAGCAGAGUAAAGUCAUGAGGAUAUUCUUCGACAGCAAGUUGCUCUUGCUAAUGUUCUCCUGCUUUUACUCCGCUGUGUCCUCCUCUCUUUCUUUCUCCUCUUGUCAGUUACAGGAACAGUUUAAUCUAAAUGGGAUGCACAAAACUGGAGAUGUGAUUAUAGGUGGACUUUUUGCAAUCAACUUCUUUUCUGCUGAUCCUGACCUGACUUUUACCUCAGAGUCACAGCUGCCUACCUGCUAUGGUUUUAAUAUUAUAGGAUUCAGACAGGCUCAGACCAUGGCCUUUGCUAUUGAUGAGAUCAACAGAAACUCCAACCUGCUGCCUAAUGUGACUCUGGGAUACAGUCUGUAUGAUAACUGCGUCCAACUAGGAAUUGGAUUUCGUGCAGCACUGACCUUAGUCAGUGGUCAAGAAGAGCAAGUUACAUUAGAGGAGAGCUGUGUAGGAAUUCCUCCAGUCCUAGGGAUUGUGGGUGAUACUACCUCUUCAAAUUCUAUAGCCAUUUCUACAGUCUUAGGUUUGUACAGAGUGCCGCUGGUGAGUUAUUUUGCCACAUGUUCCUGCUUGAGUGACAGACAAAAGUUUCCAUCUUUCUUUAGGACAAUCCCAAGUGAUGCUUUUCAGGUGAAUGCUAUGAUUCAGAUUCUAAAACACUUUGGUUGGACUUGGGCAGGUCUGCUCAUCAGUGAUGAUGAUUAUGGAGUCCACGCUGCCCGAUCCUUUCACUCUGAUCUGGGUCCAGCUGGUGGAGGUUGUCUGGCUUACACAGAGAUCUUGCCCUGGGGUGACAACCCUGCUGAACUAAAGAGAAUAGUGGAUGUGAUGAGGAAAUCUACAGCUCGAGUGGUGAUUGUGUUUGCAAAUAAGAGUCACAUGAUGAACCUAAUGAAAGAGGUGGUGAGGCAGAAUGUGACAGGCCUGCAGUGGAUGGCCAGUGAAGCCUGGUCAUCACUUGAUGUGCUCCAGACUCCUCACUUCAUGACAUACCUGGGUGGAACACUGGGGAUAUCCAUCCGUCGAGGAGAAAUAGCAGGACUCAGGGACUACCUGUCACAAAUACGUCCUGACCUACAUCAAAGCAGAAAAGAUGGAAACAGUAUGGUGAGAGUUUUGUGGGAACACACAUUUCAGUGUAGAUUUGCACCACCUCCAGCAGGUUGGGUGGAAGCUGGAGGAAAAUUAUGCACUGGACAAGAAGUUAUAGAGGAUGUGGAGAAUGAAUUGGUGGAUGUUUCAGACCUCAGGUCAGAGUAUAAUGUGUAUAAGGCUGUGUACGCUCUGGCAUAUGCUCUUGAUGAAAUGCUGCAGUGUGAGCCAGGGAGAGGACCUUUCAGCAACAACACCUGUGCUCAUUUACAAAGACUGGAGCCAUGGCAGCUUGUGUAUUACUUGGAAAAAGUCACUUUCACCACAACAUUUGGUGAUCAAGUGUCAUUUGAUGAGAAUGGUGAUGCCUUACCUGUAUAUGACGUCAUGAACUGGGUGUGGCUCCCUGAUGGAAGAACUAAAGUUCAUAGAGUGGGUGAGGUUAAGAGGUCAGCCUUCAAAGGUGAAGAACUCACACUGGAUGAAGACAAAAUCUUCUGGAACUUUGAAUCCAAACAGCCUCCUCGGUCAGUGUGCAGUGAGAGCUGUCCUUCAGGUACCCGCAUGGCCAGAAAGAAGGGGGAACCUGACUGUUGUUUUGACUGCGUCCCUUGUUCUGAGGGAAAGAUCAGCAAUACAACUGACUCAAUGGAAUGCACCAGUUGUCCAGAAGAUUUCUGGUCCAGCCCCCAGCGUGACCACUGUGUUCCUAAGAAAAUAGAGUUCCUCUCCUACCAUGAGCCUCUGGGUAUCUGCUUGACAAUCACCUCACUGUUGGGCACAUUUAUCUGUGUUGUUGUUCUGGGCAUCUUCAUCCAUCAUCACAGCACACCUAUAGUUCGUGCCAACAAUUCAGAACUCAGUUUUCUUCUUGUGGUGUCACUUAAGUUCUGUUUCUUGUGUUCAUUGCUCUUCAUUGGACGACCCCGAUUAUGGACUUGCCAACUUAGACAUGCAGCAUUUGGCAUCAGCUUUGUGCUUUGUGUCUCAUGUAUCCUGGUGAAAACCAUGGUGGUUCUGGCUGUGUUCAGGGCCUCCAAACCAGGAGGUGAGUCCAGUCUGAAGUGGUUUGGUGCUGUGCAGCAGAGAGGGACAGUUCUGGUUCUGACUUCUGUUCAAGCAGCAAUCUGCACUGUCUGGCUUGUCUCUGCUUCACCCGUGCCACAAAAAAACACCCAAUAUCACAGUGACAAGAUAGUUUAUGAGUGUGUAGUUGGGUCCACAGUUGGUUUUGCAGUUUUACUUGGUUAUAUUGGUUUGCUGGCCAUCCUCAGUUUUUUGUUAGCUUUUCUAGCAAGGAAUCUUCCAGACAGUUUCAAUGAGGCCAAACUCAUCACUUUCAGCAUGCUGAUCUUCUGUGCAGUGUGGGUGGCCUUUGUCCCUGCUUACAUCAACUCUCCAGGCAAAUAUGCAGAUGCUGUGGAGGUUUUUGCCAUCCUAGCCUCCAGUUUUGGCCUCUUGGUGGCGCUGUUUGGACCCAAAUGUUAUAUAAUCCUUGUGAGACCUGAAAGAAACACAAAGAAAGCCAUUAUGGGCCGUGGGACUACAACGUAAUGUGGUUAACACUCCCUUCUCUCUCUGCAUUUUAGAAUUGUGUUGAACUUACUAGAUCACAAUACAGGGAAAAAGUACAAUGUUGAUAAGAAAUAUUUAAAUUGAUGUAGAUUCUUUUUUUCUAACCACCGAUUAUUCGGGUGUUGGGAGUUAAUGUAAUUUUACAAGAUUACUUAUUUGUGCCCAGCCAUGGAAAACCCAGGAACAAGUAGGCUGAGGGGCAUUUACACAUUUCUGAAGUGUGAUUGUACUAUCAGGUCAAAGUGUAAGUUCCUGUGAUGUUACUUAAAAUUAAAUGAUUUUAUUUAAGUUUAUCCUGCAAUAAUUAAAUUUAUGUUGAUUUCUCUGUACUGCUGUGUUCAUAAAUAUACUGUCAGACAGCUUUCCAUCA